AUGCUGCUUGCAACAGCCCUCCCCAGAGUGUCCUGGAUGCUGCUGUCCUGCCUGAUGAUCCUGUCUCAGGUCCAAGGUGAUGACUCCCAGUCAGAAUUAGGUUCUCCAAGCAUCAAUUGUCCCAAAGGCACAAAGACCUAUGGUUCCUUCUGUUAUGCUGUCUUUAAAACACAAAAAACCUGGAUGGAUGCAGAACUGGCCUGUCAGAAGAUGCCCUUGGGAAAUCUCGUGUCUGUGCUCAAUAGGGCUGAGGCAUCCUUCGUAUCCUCCCUGAUCAGAAGCACUGUGAACUCCCACCAGUUUGUUUGGCUUGGGCUCUCGGACCCCACAGAGGGAAGUGAACCCAACGGAGAAGGAUGGGAGUGGAGUAGCACCAAUUUGCUGCGUUACACUGCCUGGGAUACAGUCGCUUCUAAUGCUGGGAACAGAGGUUUCUGUGCAAGCCUGACAAGAAGCUCAAAAUUUCUUAAAUGGAGAGAUUAUAACUGCGACGUAGAGCUACCCUAUGUCUGCAAAUUCAGGUACUAG